UGUCAUGCUCUUUUUCUCUUAUUUUGGUAGUCAUGUCAAUGACAUGGGACCAGAGAAUGAUACACGAAUUUCAGAAUUUCUUCUUCUGGGAUUUUCUGAGGAACCAGAAUUGCAGCCCUUCCUAUUUGGGCUUUUCCUCUCCAUGUACCUGGUCAUUGUAUUUGGAAACCUCUUCAUCAUGCUGGCCAUAAGCUCUGACUCCCACCUCCAUACUCCCAUGUACUUCUUCCUUGCCAACUGGUCCUUUGUAGACAUCUGUUUCACCUCCACCACCAUCCACAAGAUGCUGAUGAACAUCCAGACACAGAGCAAAGUCAUAACUUAUGAAAGCUGCAUCAUGCAGAUGUACUUUUUCAUACUUUUUGUAGGUUUGAACAACUUCCUCCUGACUGUGAUGGCCUAUGACCCCUUUGUGGCCAUCUGUCACCCUCUGCACUACAUGGUCACCAUGAACCCCUGGCUCUGUGGACUGCUGGUUCUGGUGUCCUGGAUCAUGAGUGUUCUGCAUUCCUUGUUACAAACCUUAAUGGUGUUGUGGCUGUCCUUUCAUACAGUCUUAGAAAUCCCCCCACUUUUUCUGUGAACUCAAUCAGAUGAUCCAACUUGCCUGUUCUGACACCUUUCUUAAUAACAUGGUGAUGUAUUUUGCAGCUAUCCUGCUGGGUGGUGGUCCUCUUGCUGGGAUUCUUUACUCUUACUUUAAGAUAGUUUCCUCCAUACGUCAGAUCUCAUCAGCUGAGGGGAAGUACAAAGCGUUUUCCACCUGUGCAUCUCACCUCUCAGUUGUCUCCUUAUUUUAUUGUUCGAGCCUAGGAGUUUACCUUAGCUCUGCUGUUACCCAGAACUCCACUCAAGUGCAGUAGCCUCGGUGAUGUACACAGUGGUCAUGCCCAUGCUGAACCCCUUCAUCUACAGCCUGAGGAACAAAGACCUAAAGGGGGCUCUAAAUGUAUUUUUCAGGGGGA